AUGAAGAUCUCUGUGAGUUUUACGCUGUUGCUGCUGCUCGGAUCCGUCCCCACAAGUGAAAGUGUUGAAUGCCAGCGGGCUUUUCCCGAAGACAUCUACGCUGCGCUGAGAGAGAUCACCGCCUCGUUGGUUCAACUGAAGGCGGACAUGGCGCUGCAGACUACAGGCCAAGCACAGCUGAAGACUGAAGUGGAGAAGCUGAAUCAACAACAGCGAGUCCAACAGGUUGCGUUCUCAGCCUCUCUGGGGGGAACCGGAAGAGCAACUAUUGGACCCUUUCCCACAGACACUACCCUGAUCUACAAAUACGUGCCCACCAACAUCGGAAAAGCCUACAACCCAAACACAGGUGUGUUCACUGCCCCGGUGAGAGGAGCGUACAACUUUGAGUGGUGGGUUGCUGCAUUUGGAGACAAUGGCCAUGGUUCAGGUGCUUGGUUGGUCAAGAACUCAAACCAACUUUUCAUGGCAUACGAGCAACAGGCAGCCGGUUUUAUGAGUUCCUCUAAAGGCAUGACGCUGCUGCUGGAGGUGGGAGACAUCGUCUUUAUUCGUAUGCAGGCUAACACUGUUGUGUUUGAUGACCCAGGGCACCACAACACCUUCAGUGGGCAUCUGCUGUUCCCCAUGUGA